AACGCAGGAACAUUUCGCGCCAAAUUGAAACAACAGUCGUGUCAGUGGAGGAGGAGCAGCAGCAGAGCCACGAGCCGCUGCCGGACAUCACUCGCAGUCUUUCACGUGAUUUUUUUCGCCCACCAUUCAAAGGUUAACAUGGAGGAGGCCAACAAGCUCAUCGGCACCGGUAAGAAGCACCUGGUGAUGGGGAAGGUGGUGGAGGCGGUGAGCGUCCUGCAGGAGGCCUGCGGCAUGCUAGCUAAAACAUACGGAGACACAGCAGACGAGUGUGGAGAGGCUUUCUUCUGGUGCGGUAAAGCACUGCUGGAUUUGGCUCGGAUGGAAAACUCUGUCCUGGGUAACGCUCUGGAGGGCGUGCCGGAGGAGGACGAUGAAGAGAAACCCAAAGACUCAAACGUUGAAGGCACUGAAAACAUCGAUGAGAAGACCAGAGACGAGCUGAGGGUCCAAGUGUACGACGCCAUGGCGGAGAAGAAAAGUGAAGAUGCUGAAAAGGUUGAAGGCAAGCAGAGCAAAGAAGCAGAGAAGAACGGUGAUGAAGAACCGGGAGAGGCAGAGAAGGAGAAGAAAGACGAGGAGAAGAAAUCUGCUGAAAAGGAAGAUGUGAAGGAAAAGGAAGGCAAGAAGGAAGGAGAGGAAGCAUCAGUGGACAAAAAAACAGAGGAAGGAGCAGCAGCGGACAAACCAGAGGAAGAAGAAGGUGACAGUGAGGAGGAGGAGGAGGAAGAGGUGGGGAACCUGCAGCUGGCCUGGGAGAUGCUUGAAGUGGCUAAAGUCAUUUACAAAAGGAAAGAGACAAAGGACGAUCAGCUCAUGGCGGCUCAGGCUCACCUCAAACUGGGUGAAGUUUCUGCUGAAUCAGGAAAUUACACUCAGGCCUUGGAUGAUUUCCAGGAGUGUCUGAAUCUGCAGGUGAAACACCUGGACUCAGACAGCCGCCUGCUCGCCGAGACUCACUACCAGCUCGGCCUCACCUACAGCCUGAGCCUUCAGUACAGCCGGGCCAUCAAGGAGCUCAAGAGCUCAAUCUCCGUCAUCAAGAGCAGGCUGGACAACCUGCAUGAGCUGCUGGACAAGGUCAAGGGUCCGGAGGAUCUGCCCGGCGAGAGGAAGGAGAUGGAGGAGCUGAAGGCUCUGCUCCCAGAGAUCCAGGAGAAGGUGGAGGACGCCACAGAGGGACUGAAACUGGCCAGUGCUGCUUCUGAGACUGUGCAGGGUGUAAUGGGUGAAGGCUCGACCUCUUCAUUCGCUGAGACCACAGCACAGAAUGGUGACACUUCCUCUUCAAAAAUUAAUGGCACAUCAACCAACGGACAUGCCCCCACCACAGCUCCAGUCUCGGACAUCUCCCACCUGGUCAGGAAGAAGAGGAAGCCAGAGGAAAGUCCAGUAAAGGCAGGUGUGGUUAAGAAGGUGAAGCAGGUCCAGGUCGACGACAAAACCAACAGGGUGAAGGCGCCUCCCACUGAUGGAGCAGACAAAGACGGAAAGCAGACGAACAGACACACGAACACUAUGGAGGUCGAGAGUCAGUGAAGUUGGACUCGGCUCCACAUUUUUGUUGUCUCCAUCACCAUACUACGUUCUUACUGUUCUACACUUGUUGUAAAUAUGUGUGUCUUUUUCUAUGCCUGUUGUGUUCGUGUUGGGUCACAUCAUGUAACCUGUUAAGUUGAAUAAAAAUGUUGUAAUUUGAUAAAAAAAAACAAAUGGCACUUUGUUGAUCCAUUAACAUAUGUACUGCAACUCUGAGGGAAAAAAUACUUGCUUGAAAAUAAAUUUUUGAAAUAUU